GACAUCUAUAGGCUAAAAUUUUUUCGCUCCGUUUUGCCCUAGUCGUGUGUUUCGACAUGCGGUACCAGCAGCUGCCUUGGUGAAAAAGUAAAAAUGUGACUGUGCUUCUAAAUGGGAGAAUAAAAUCCGUAAUUUUGCCGAAAAUACAACCCAAACUAGCAUGACUAUUACGUUAAUUCCUGCAUCAUAACAACCAGCAACCAACACCUUAUAGUCACAGAGCAGUGAAGCAUUAACAUCUGAGUUUUUCCAAUUCGAAAAAUUGCAGUGCGGUCUAUUCAUCUAAUCAGCAGGAAAAGGUAUAACAACAUGGCUGACCAACAGGCAGUAAGUGCGCCAGAACAGCAACAGCCACCACCGCCACAACAGCAACAGCAGCAAAUUCCUCAGCAGCAGCAACAAUCGUCUCCGGAACAAGUUCCGACUAAUAACAAACCGGUGGUCCCACAACAGCAAAAAGAGCUUAUUGCCGUCAAGGUAACCGGUGUGGUAAAAUGGUUCAACGUCAAAAGCGGAUACGGUUUCAUUAAUCGUGGUGAUACUCAAGAAGAUGUGUUUGUUCAUCAGUCAGCAAUCGCACGUAACAAUCCCAAAAAGGCCGUCCGUUCCGUUGGCGAUGGUGAAGUUGUCGAAUUUGACGUGGUUAUUGGUGAAAAGGGCAAUGAAGCUGCAAAUGUCACCGGGCCACAAGGGGAAGCUGUAAAGGGAAGCCCAUACGCAGCAGAAAAACGCCGUGGUUAUCGGCAAUGGUGGCAAAAGCGUGGUCAGCGUCGUCCAGGUCCUCCAAGAUCCAAUGAAGAUCAAACUGCUGAUGGACAAUUAGACGGACAACAGCCGCCACCCCCACAACAACAGCAACAACCUCAGCAGCAACAAAUGAAACAUCAAGCACCGCCACAGCAGCGACGUUUUCCGCCUCGAGGUCGCGGUGGGUACUCUUAUUAUCGAGGACCUCCACCGAGGGGUCCACGACGAGAUGGUCCACCGAUGAAUGACAAUGGCAUGAUUGACCAAAAUCAAAUAGAUGAUGGCCAGAAUGGCCCUCGAGGUGGACGUGGUGGCGGCCCAAGACGUUUCUUCCGUCGUAACUAUCGUAACGGAGGCAGAGCUAUGGGCGGUCCAGGUGGCCCUCCUCGUAGAGGUGGAUACCGCGGAGACUACCAAAAUGACUAUCAUCAGAAUGGCCCAGAACAACCGCGUCGUAUGCCACCGGCACGUGGCGGUGGACGUCCUCGUUAUCCACGUCGUGGAGCACGUAACACUCAAAGACCAAGAAAUGAUGGAGUAACUGGCGGAAAUAAUAACACCGUUCAAAACACCACUACGGAAAGUUCCGCUUAAAACGUUAGCGUAAGCAACUCACAAAGCAAGAAGAGAACAUCGCAGAUUGGUAUUUAAGAUCAUCAACAGAAACAUCACCAUCUCACAUAAGAACAAUCAGCAUUAACGACAAGAGUCAACCAAUGAGCAAACAGAUAAUCUAUUGGCAUCGUUGAUGAGACUGGUGAGUGGAAAAAGGUUCUUGAAGCGUAAAUGGAACAAGUUUUAUAGAAUAUAGAGAAGAUUAAAAACCUAUACUAUUUUAAAUGUAACUGUUCAAUUGACAACCAAAUUGAAUAUUGGAUCGUGUUGUGCGGGAAAAGUUUAAAUUUUGAAUCGAAUCGGAAAAGCAAAUAACACUGUAAUAUCAACAAAGCAAAAGCAGCUCGUUGGAAGAGAAGUGCGGCGAAGCACGUCGGGUUAGGUCGAACUUUACUAAUUACGCUGGCUGAUUAAGGCGUUCUCUAACGAUGCGCAAAAGUAUCGUAGUAAGUGCAGAAAACUGACGGAUUGUGCUAUAGUCCUGCCCCACAGAAGCAUAAUACCAUCAUUCGAACCAUCCGCGUACACAUUUGCAACAUAACACACCACAAACAAGGCACAGUCUCGCUGUGAAGCCAUUAAACAUCAUCAGGCUUAUUUUAAUAUCCUUGCAGGAAGAAUAGACUUUCUCGUCAGAAAAGCUAUUCUGCUGCGAUAUUGGUUCAAAACUUGUCACACUGUUAGCAGUACCGUUUCACUCAGUCCACGAUAGUCAGACGACUCAACACCCCCGUACAAUCGUUAAUGAACUCUGUUGUUUUUUCGUAUCGUUUUCUAAAAUUUUAACAUUUUGUUGCCUUGGAUCGUCAUUAGAGUCCGAGUGACUUAAAUUACCGGUAAGUUGAUAAUUGAUGAAACUGCGAAAUAAAAAAAAUCGAAACUACCAAUAUUCGGUUUGGUUCAAAAUAAAGUUUCUGAUUUGCUACUAUUUAAAGAGUAAUUAAAGUAAUACCGAGAAACAGAAAUUUACAGUAAUAAAAGUUUACAAUAUCCGUUGAAAAAAAUAUAUAUAAAAUCUAACCAAACAGCAAAAGUAGUGAAAAAUGUUUAAAGUAAGGUACAUUAACUCGCAAGAAGAGAAAGAGAACAUUAAAGCACUGUCAGGCUAGUUAGGAAGCAGGUCGUGCAAAAAGAUUCAAUCUUUACCACCGCUGCCGCCGAGUCAAGCCAUCAAAAUUCUUUUUCUUUUCGCGAAGUCUAGUAUCGUUUGUGUUACUUUUCUGUUUUGUGUUUGCUUUACUACAUAGUCAUGAGCAGGAUAUUUUUAGUAUUUCAAACCGGGGCGCUAAACGCGCUUCGUCUUUUUAUUUUAAGCAGAUUCUAUAAAAACAUUUUACGUAGCUACACACACCGCACUAUCUACAGACAAAAGUGAAGCAUUUUAUAUCUAUGAUCUUUGACGAGUAGAAUUAUUUUAAAAAUUAUCUAACCCCUCUUUCAACCAAAAAUAUUCAACAAGGGCAAACAUAUGCUAGGAACAAUUUAUUCAAAAACAACAUUAAAUGUACUUGCCGAUAUGGAUAUGGAUACAUGAAAUAAUUAAAGAAUAACAGGCAACACGAAGGAGAGAAAGGAUAAAAUCAGUUCUCUAAACAAUGCUAUAAACUGUAAGGAAUGAUAAAAGUAAACUACUUAAAUAAGAAAGAAAAAACUUGUACUAGUAAUAAAGAUUAAACGUUCGAUUGCUCCAUAAAAACAUGCGUAACAAAUAAGGAUACAGUACAUUUGAAGUAAACGCUGAGAGUGCAUACAAGCGGUACAAGAAUAUUAAAACGCAAGAGACCUACAAACCAUCUGCCGAAUUGUGACUACGCUAACUUAACAUCAGAACAGCAAACAUACUUUAAUUGAUUUAUGAAAACAAAAAAAAAAUGGAUUAAAUCUGCAAAA